CUGGAUCCAACCACACACAUGGGCUGGACACACACUCUCUAUUCUUAGAAAACACACCCGAGCUCGUUUUUAACCAAACCUUCCAAGAUGCCGUGCAUUACCAGUCAUCUCGACCAGAUGGUGAAGUUGCCUGGUAGCUACAGUGAUGUGGUUGAAAAAAUCUGCAUGGUGGAGCAGAUCCUGUCUGAGUUCAGGUUGAACAAAAAGGAGCUGGAAGAAGUCAUGAAGAGGAUGCAGUACGAAAUGAUUCGAGGGCUGCGUUUGGAGACCCACCAAGAGGCCAGUGUCAAAAUGCUUCCAACAUAUGUCUGUUCCACCCCAGAAGGAUCAGAAGUUGGAGAUUUCUUGGCUCUGGACCUUGGAGGGACGAACUUUCGCGUGAUGCUUGUGAAAGUGGGCGAAGAUGAAGAGAGGGGCUUCAAGGUGGAGACAAAGAACCAAAUGUAUUCUAUUCCUGAAGAUGCCAUGACAGGGACUGCUGAAAUGCUGUUUGACUACAUAGCAGAGUGCAUGUCUGAUUUUUUGGACCAACACCACAUUAAGCACAAGAAGCUUCCUCUGGGUUUCACCUUUUCUUUCCCUGUACGACAUGAGGACCUUGAUAAGGGAAUCUUGCUUAACUGGACCAAAGGUUUCAAGGCUUCUGGGGCAGAAGGGAACAAUGUUGUUGGUUUGCUCAGAGAUGCAAUCAAGAGACGAGGGGACUUUGAGAUGGAUGUAGUUGCCAUGGUGAAUGACACAGUGGCUACCAUGGUCUCCUGCUACUACGAGGACCGCAGCUGUGAAGUCGGGAUGAUUGUCGGUACUGGCUGUAAUGCUUGUUACAUGGAGGAGAUGAGGACUGUGGAGCUAGUGGAAGGGGAGGAGGGCCGGAUGUGUGUAAACACAGAAUGGGGGGCGUUUGGAGACAAUGGCGAGCUGGAGGAGUUCAGGCUUGAGUACGACAGAGUCGUUGACGAGGCCUCAAUUAACCCUGGACGCCAGUUGUAUGAGAAGGUGAUCAGUGGGAAGUACAUGGGGGAGCUGGUGAGGCUCGUCCUGAUGAAGCUGGUGAAUGAGAACCUGCUGUUUAACGGCGAAGCCUCAGAGCAGCUGAUGACACGAGGAAGCUUUGAGACGUGCUUUGUCUCACAGGUGGAAAGUGAUUCUGGGGACAGAAAGCAGAUCUACAACAUCCUCUCUUCACUGGGUGUUCUUCCCUCUGAGCUGGACUGCGACAUCGUGCGGCUAGUCUGUGAGAGCGUCUCCACUCGCUCUGCUCAUAUGUGUGGCGCAGGCCUUGCUGGGGUCCUCAACCUGAUGCGGGAGCAACGUGGCCAGGAUUCCCUGAAAAUCACAGUUGGGGUUGACGGAUCUGUCUACAAGCUGCACCCAUAUUUCUGUGACCGGUUCCACCAGGUUGUCAGGGAACUCACUCCUCACAGUGAUAUAACCUUCUUGCAGUCGGAGGAGGGCAGCGGGCGUGGAGCGGCUCUUAUCUCAGCAGUGGCUUUUAAGAUGGCAUCAUGCAUCUAAAAAAAGCAGUGUUCUGAAAAAUAUCAGAGGAAGCUCAAACUCUGGGAGCUGAAGUGCUUUCUGAAGAUCUGCUGCUGACCAAAGCAGAACAGAGUACUUGCUACAUGUAGAUUUGAGGACAAGGAGGCCUUUUAAUACCUUGUAAAUACAAACUGUUUAUAGUUUCUUAUCAGCCUGUAGCGAUUGUAUCAUUUCUGACCCUAAACAACACAUUUACUGUUGCAUUUGAAACUUUAAAUGGCAUGAAAGCUCAUGUAAAAUACAUGCACUGGUUAUUUGGACUGAUUUUGGACUGAUGUACAGCUGAAAUAUUUUGUAACAACUUUUGUCAUUUAGCACGCAAUCCAUUUUAUUGCUUUAAUGUGUAAUUCUGUCUGUGAGCAUUGAAAUAUUUCUUUGUUAUUGUUUAUUUAACGGUUUAUGUUUAAAACCUAUUUAAUUUGUCAGUAUGUACCGUGUACGUUUUUCUUAUGUGAACUAUGAAAUAUACUUAACUUUAAAUAAAACAUCAUUAUUAAAAAUUG